AGCUUUAACUUAUAGCAAAACUUUUAGUCUUUCACAUAUUAUCACUACCAAUCAGGUCGAGAUUUCAUUAUUUUGGAUCUUUCUUUUGACGUUUAACCUAGUAUUCCAUAGCAAUCUAUUAAAAAAUUAGCAUUAAAUUACUUGCGUUUCUUCAUUUCUGGCUGAAAUGCUUAUCUAAAGAUGAUAUACAUAUUCAUUAUUAUAUUUGGUUAUUUCUUGAAAAUAUUUACUUCAGUGACUGCAAAUUGUCAGACAGAUUGUCCAAUUGUUUGCCACUGUACCGAAGACAAAUUAAAACACUGUACAGUAACAUGUACUGACAAAAUUCUAACUCAAAUACCCAGUUAUUUUCCAGAAAAUACGACAUCAUUAGAUCUAAGUCGAAACCACAUUAAAAGAAUUCCUCCUGAUAUUAUUAGACAUUUAAACUUAUUAGAGGUGCUAAAAGUUGACGAUAAUCUUCUUGAAUAUUUACUGCCAAACACCUUUCAAGGUUUGUGGUCUUUGAGAGAACUGUCAUUGGAAUACAACAAACUAACUAUUAAUUAUUCGUCAUUUCCUAUAAAUCUUUUCCGAAAUUUAACUAAAGUGAAAAUUCUAAAAUUACGAGGUAACACUGUGCACAAAAACACAAAACUUAUUGAUAGAACUAUAUCUCAUCUAACUGCACUGGAAGAUUUAUACAUGACAGGUGGUCAGUACUUUAUCUUUGGAGCAGGAUAUAAGAAUUUGACAAAAUUAAAAUAUAUUAAUUUUGCCUCAAAAAGAAACAGUUCAGUUAUGAUAUAUAUUGUAAAAUAUGCAUUUAGAAAUGUUCCCAGAAUAACCCAUUUGAAUUUAGAUUACUGCCACUUACACAGAUUAAACGGCUACACAUUAGCAUUUUUCGAAAAUCUGCACCUCCUACGCAUUUCAUUUAACAAUCAAAAGCUGCUGGAGGAAAUUCCACGGACCUUGGGACGUCUAAAAUUCCCAAGCAAAUUGCAAAUAUUAUAUUUUAGUAAUAUGAAAUUAUAUGUGGGAACUGGCAAUGUUAUUACCGAACGUUUUACAAAAACUUUACAUAAAUCUGGAUUGAAGAAGAUUGUUUUAAAUUCAGAUCAUAUUGAAUCAAUUUCUUGGAAUAGCAUUCCCUCCUUGCCCAACACAUUGGAAUACGCUUAUUUGAGAAACAACCAAUUAACAUACGGAGAAUAUAUCUUUCAAAUUAAGGCUUUACCCAACAUUAAAUUAAUCGACAUUAGCAUGACAUUAUCAUGUAGAAAGCUACCAUUUAUUCGUAGUAAAUUAUUCAAUAGCGAUAUUACAUACAGUUAUGCAAUCCCUAAAUCUCUUAAAACAUUCUUACUACAAGGUUGCCACUAUCAAUUUCCGAUACCACCAUUCCAUAUAAAAGAUGCAAAUGCAAUACGAUUAAUUAAUGCAACGAAUAAUUUAUUUUGUCCAUGGAGUGGCCCAGUCCGAGGCUUAGAACAAUUACAAAUUCUGGAUUUAAGUCAGAACCAAUGCAAUAAUAUCAGCAACGAAUUCUUCACAUAUUUCACUGGUCUGCGACUUUUGAAUAUCGAAAAUAACGCAAUAGGAAUUUCAGGUCAAGUUGCCGAAGAAGGUUUCAGCAAAGCUUUUCUAAAUUUAACCAGCCUCGAAGAAUUACAUCUUUCAAAUAACCACAUUCAAUAUUUAUCAAACAACAGUUUGUUACAGCUGAAAAAUCUCAGAAUCUUAAAUUUACGCAACAAUUUAUUGGAAUCAUUUGAUGUAAAGAUUAGUCAUAUGUUAAAUUUAUCAUAUUUAGAUUUAUCUAAAAACGUUUUACAGGAACUGUCGGAAAACACUUUUAAUGCCAUUGAAAAGAUAUCUGAACACCAUAAAUUCACUGUCAACAUCCAAAGCAAUAAUUUGAAAUGUGGUUGUGCACAAAUAAGAUUUCUCACUUGGCUGCACAAAGUACGGAAUUCAGGUCGUUUGAAAAUAAUGUACUCGAAAUGUACUCAUCCUAACGGAACAGUAUGGAAGUUGAAAGGAGAUCGGCUUGUUAGGAUCGUAAGCUUUCUGAAUCACACUUGUUCAGCCUUGAUAGGGAUAAUAAUUGCGAUAAGUUUUGGUGUUGUAAUACUGAUUAUAUUUCUAGUUGCCUCACUCAUUUACCAUUUUAGAUGGAAGCUACAAUAUUUAUAUUACAUGAUCCGAGAAAAGUAUUCCUACAAACGACUCACUCCCGAUGAAUAUAUUUACGAUGCAUUUGUGAUUUAUGCCGACGAAAAUCGAGAUUUUGCAUUAAAUUAUUUGAUUCCAGAAUUGGAAGAAAAAGAAAACUUACGUUUGAAUAUUCAUCAUCGGGACUUCCCUGUUGGAAAAUUGAUAUCAGAAAAUAUAUUAUCAGCAAUCCAAUCUAGUCGAAAAUGUAUUAUUUUAUUAAGCAGAUAUUUUGUGGAAAGUAAAUGGUGUAUGUUUGAAUAUAACUUAGCUAAAAUGGAAUAUAUUCAUACCGAAAGAAAUAUAGUAAUUAUUGUGGUACUGGAGCAGGUACCACACAGACAGCUGCCAUUACCAAUUCUUGAACAGAUAAAGAAUCAGAGUUACAUUGAAUUUCCAAAAGAAAAUGAGAUUGCCCAAGAAAUGUUCUGGAAAAAUCUAAAACAUUCUAUACAGCUAAAAGAUUUUAUAGCUGGUAAUCUGAAUGCUAAACUAGGACCCGAUAAGACCAAGUUUACUCUCAACUCUAAAACUAAUCGGAACGGGGAAAUGCUCAAAGACUUUUUAGAGGAAUUUAAUCUUUACACCUCCAACAAUUAUUUUAUGAAACCAAAAGGACAACUUUGGACAUUCGAGUAUCCAUCUGGUGACAGGGCACAAAUUGACUACCUCAUUUUUCGAAAGAAGUGGCGAAAUAGUGUCAAAGACUCGAGAUCCUACUCUUCCUUUAGUUCUUUUGGUUCCGACCACAGAAUUGUAUCAGCUACCGUUAAGCUUAUUCUUCGCUCAUCCAAAAAAGCUAAGCCUCAUCAGAUAAAAACGAUCGACUGGAAGGAAGUCUCGUCUAACCCCGAUAUGUCCAAGCAAUUUACUAUUGAGGUCUAUAACAAAUUUCAAUCUUUGUCUACUUCUGAAAUAGAUGCUGAGAACAUUGAAGAAGUUUACAGUAGCCUCAUCAAAUCAACAGAGGAAGUUGCACUGGCUACUCUACCCAAAGAUUAUCUAAAGAUGAUAUACAUAUUCAUUAUUAUAUUUGGUUAUUUCUUGAAAAUAUUUACUUCAGUGACUGCAAAUUGUCAGACAGAUUGUCCAAUUGUUUGCCACUGUACCGAAGACAAAUUAAAACACUGUACAGUAACAUGUACUGACAAAAUUCUAACUCAAAUACCCAGUUAUUUUCCAGAAAAUACGACAUCAUUAGAUCUAAGUCGAAACCACAUUAAAAGAAUUCCUCCUGAUAUUAUUAGACAUUUAAACUUAUUAGAGGUGCUAAAAGUUGACGAUAAUCUUCUUGAAUAUUUACUGCCAAACACCUUUCAAGGUUUGUGGUCUUUGAGAGAACUGUCAUUGGAAUACAACAAACUAACUAUUAAUUAUUCGUCAUUUCCUAUAAAUCUUUUCCGAAAUUUAACUAAAGUGAAAAUUCUAAAAUUACGAGGUAACACUGUGCACAAAAACACAAAACUUAUUGAUAGAACUAUAUCUCAUCUAACUGCACUGGAAGAUUUAUACAUUACAGGUGGUCAGUACUUUAUCUUUGGAGCAGGAUAUAAGAAUUUGACAAAAUUAAAAUAUAUUAAUUUUGCCUCAAAAAGAAACAGUUCAGUUAUGAUAUAUAUUGUAAAAUAUGCAUUUAGAAAUGUUCCCAGAAUAACCCAUUUGAAUUUAGAUUACUGCCACUUACACAGAUUAAACGGCUACACAUUAGCAUUUUUCGAAAAUCUGCACCUCCUACGCAUUUCAUUUAACAAUCAAAAGCUGCUGGAGGAAAUUCCACGGACCUUGGAACGUCUAAAAUUCCCAAGCAAAUUGCAAAUAUUAUAUUUUAGUAAUAUGAAAUUAUAUGUAGGAACUGGCAUUAUUAUUAGCGAGCAUUUUACAAAGCCUUUACAUAAAUCUGGAUUGAAGAAGAUUGUUUUAAAUUCAGAUCAUAUUGAAAUAAUUUCUUGGAAUAGCAUUCUCUCCUUGCCCAACACUUUGGAAUACGCUUAUUUGAGAAACAACCAAUUAACAUACGGAGAAUAUAUCUUUCAAAUUAAGGCUUUACCCAACAUUAAAUUAAUCGACAUUAGCAUGACAUUAUCAUAUAGAAAGCUACCAUUUAUUCGAAGUGAAUUAUUCAAUAGCGAUAUUACAUACAGUUAUGCAAUCCCUAAAUCUCUUAAAACAUUCUUACUACAAGGUUGCCACUAUCAAUUUCCGAUACCACCAUUCCAUAUAAAAGAUGCAAAUGCAAUAAGAUUAAUUAAUGCAACGAAUAAUUUAUUUUGUCCAUGGAGUGGCCCAGUCCGAGGCUUAGAGCAAUUACAAAUUCUGGAUUUAAGUCACAACCAAUGCAAUAAUAUCAGCAACGAAUUCUUCACAUAUUUCACUGGUCUGCGACUUUUGAAUAUCGAAAAUAACGCAAUAGGAAUUUCAGGUCAAGUUGCCGAAGAAGGUUUCAGCAAAGCUUUUCUAAAUUUAACCAGCCUCGAAGAAUUACAUCUUUCAAAUAACCACAUUCAAUAUUUAUCAAACAACAGUUUGUUACAGCUGAAAAAUCUCAGAAUCUUAAAUUUACGCAACAAUUUAUUGGAAUCAUUUGAUGUAAAGAUUAGUCAUAUGUUAAAUUUAUCAUAUUUAGAUUUAUCUAAAAACGUUUUACAGGAACUGUCGGAAAACACUUUUAAUGCCAUUGAAAAGAUAUCUGAACACCAUAAAUUCACUGUCAACAUCCAAAGCAAUAAUUUGAAAUGUGGUUGUGCACAAAUAAGAUUUCUCACUUGGCUGCACAAAGUACGGAAUUCAGGUCGUUUGAAAAUAAUGUACUCGAAAUGUACUCAUCCUAACGGAACAGUAUGGAAGUUGAAAGGAGAUCGGCUUGUUAGGAUCGUAAGCUUUCUGAAUCACACUUGUUCAGCCUUGAUAGGGAUAAUAAUUGCGAUAAGUUUUGGUGUUGUAAUACUGAUUAUAUUUCUAGUUGCCUCACUCAUUUACCAUUUUAGAUGGAAGCUACAAUAUUUAUAUUACAUGAUCCGAGAAAAGUAUUCCUACAAACGACUCACUCCCGAUGAAUAUAUUUACGAUGCAUUUGUGAUUUAUGCCGACGAAAAUCGAGAUUUUGCAUUAAAUUAUUUGAUUCCAGAAUUGGAAGAAAAAGAAAACUUACGUUUGAAUAUUCAUCAUCGGGACUUCCCUGUUGGAAAAUUGAUAUCAGAAAAUAUAUUAUCAGCAAUCCAAUCUAGUCGAAAAUGUAUUAUUUUAUUAAGCAGAUAUUUUGUGGAAAGUAAAUGGUGUAUGUUUGAAUAUAACUUAGCUAAAAUGGAAUAUAUUCAUACCGAAAGAAAUAUAGUAAUUAUUGUGGUACUGGAGCAGGUACCACACAGACAGCUGCCAUUACCAAUUCUUGAACAGAUAAAGAAUCAGAGUUACAUUGAAUUUCCAAAAGAAAAUGAGAUUGCUCAAGAAAUGUUCUGGAAAAAUCUAAAACAUUCUAUACAGCUAAAAGAUUAAUGUAUUUGAAUUUGUUAUAAUUACAAUUUACAGUCAUCAAGAAAAGAUGCUUAUAAUUUUAAUAAGGUAAAAGAUUCCUGUCUCUCCCAGACACUUUCCAGCAACUCGCAAAUACAGGAAAAUAUUAAAUAGGCGUUCUGUGAAAUUAUCAUAUAGCUGCUACACCAAUAUGAAGAUUAUUGUUACACGAGGUCAAUACCAAGCGCCUAAAUCCAGUUGCAACUCAGGACCUUGUCUGCAUGACCAAUGAUGUAUGAUUAAAUUUAUCAUGUAUGAGGCAGAAGUUAUUGCAACCCUAAAUAAUAAUACAACUGAUAAGAAGACCUAGACUGGAUUAGGUGAAGGGGAAUUUAAAAAUCGCUAUGCCAAUCACAUAGCCCCCUUCCGACAUAGGGACAAAAGUAAGGCUACUAAGUUGGUUAGCUACGUAUGGACUUUGAAAGAUAACGAAACACCACAUGUAAUUAAAUGGAAAGUAACUGAGAAAUCCAUACCUAAUGUGAAUGAAUCGAAUAAAUGUAGGCUUAUUUAGCUGAAAGAGCGCUGAUUCUCUUCAGAUCUAAGAUUCCUAGCUAUCUUUUAAAUUCUAGGUCAGAAACUUUUAGUGGUCGCAAGCAUAUGCAUUGUAGCAAUAACCAUUUUAGCCAUUUUGAAAUGUGGCGCGAAUUGGCAAUAUG